UCCUGUGGCUCCUCUCAGCCUCUUGCUUGGCUGCUCCUGGCCUCCACACUUUUUCUUGACUUCUCUUUGGGUAGAGACUUGUAUCCUAGAAGCUUUUGCCAUCUAAGCACAAAUAGUCUCUCCUGUCCUGGGUGGGAGGUGGUACCUGUUGCUAGGAAUUCCCGUGACUGCUGGUCAUGGUGAUUAUAGGAUGGAGGCCCAGCAGAACAGUGAUGCUAUAAAAGGUGCUAUCUGCAAAUCCAACCCUUGACACUCAGUUGAUGUUGUAAAGGGCUGGAGUCAGCACUUCUUCCUGCUUUCACACAGCCAGCACAUUAGGAUGGUCUUUGUUGUGCUGUCUGACCUUCACCAGAGACUCUAUCUGAACACAGUUUUGUUAACCUGUGGGAGCCAUAGGUUAACAGUUUUGAUAACCCCUGGGAGCCAUGUCCAGGAAGGGCUUUGUUUUGCACUGUAUGAGGACUUCAUUUCCCCUUUCUCAUUGAAAGGAAGGAAAUGUCAGGAGUGACUUGAACUAUGGCUUAUGCAAGCCUGCCCCAAGAUCCCCUCCCAGUUUGCUUUGUGCCCUGUCCUGCUUGUUGCAGAGCUACUGAUCUACCUGGGCUGUGCAGCCAAGGUCAAACACAUCCUUUCCUCACAACUGCAUGCUGUCCUGGACUUCCAGCCACACAGGACACUGCUGUCAUAGUUGCAUAUUUUGAAGAGAUAAAGAUCCUACAGUAGACUUCAUGUGAGAGGGACCAGCGCAUCAGCCAGGAUGUGGAGAGGUUCUGCAGGCAGCUCAGCUCCAUGGCCAGCAAACUCAUCAUCUCACCCUUCACACUGGCCUACUACACAUACCAGUGCUUCCACAGCACAGGCUGGCUAGGCCCAGUGAGCAUCUUUGGGUAUUUCGUCAUUGGAACGAUCAUCAACAAGGUGUUGAUGAGCCCAAUUGUGUCUAAACUUGUGCAGCAGGAAAAACUGGAGGGAGAUUUCAGGUUCAAGCACAUGCAGAUUCGUGUCAAUGCGGAACCAGCUGCAUUCUACAGGGCUGGGCGCGUGGAGCACGUGCGCACAGACCGGAGGCUGCAGAGCUUGCUGCAGGCCCAGAGGGAGCUGAUAGGCAAGGAGCUGUGGCUAUACAUUGGGAUCAACACCUUUGACUACCUGGGCAGCAUCCUGAGCUAUGUGGUCAUUGCCAUUCCAAUCUUUUCUGGGGUCUACGGUGACCUGAGUCCGACAGAGCUCAGUGCUCUUGUCAGCAAGAAUGCCUUUGUUUCCAUCUACCUCAUUGGCUGCUUCAGCCAGCUCAUCGAUCUCUCCAGCACUGUGACUGAUGUGGCUGGCUACACGCACAGGAUUGGUGAGCUGCAGGAGACCUUGCUGAGCCUUGGCAGGAAAAAAAAUGAUAACUACUCAGAAGCAAAAGCCAGCUGGGAUUUGGAUGGCAGCCAUUCUGGGGAGGAGGCAGUGGCAAAGGACACAGCUUUCCUUGUGGAGCGAGUGACGCUCUCGGUGCCAUCCUCCGGCAAGCUGCUCAUCAAGGACCUGAGCCUCAGGAUCUCACAAGGAAACAGUCUGCUGAUUGUGGGAAACACUGGCACAGGGAAGACAUCUCUGCUGAGGGUCCUUGGGGGCCUGUGGGAGAGCACACGGGGGAGCAUCAAGAUGCUGACCUGCUUUGGCCCCCGGGGCGUGAUGUUCCUGCCGCAGCGCCCCUUCUUCACUGAUGGAAGCCUGCGUGAGCAGGUGAUCUAUCCCCUGAAGGAGAUCUAUCCAGCUUCAGGGUCUGCAGAUGAUGAGAGAAUUGUGCGAUUCCUGGAACUGACUGGCCUGACUGAUUUGCUGGCAAGGGCUGGAGGACUGGACCAGCAAGUGGACUGGAACUGGUAUGACAUGCUGUCCCCAGGGGAGAUGCAGAGGCUCUCAUUUGCACGACUCUUCUACCUCCAGCCAAAAUAUGCAGUGCUAGAUGAAGCCACCAGUGCCCUGACAGAAGAGGUGGAGCAUGAGCUGUACCGUGUGUGCCUUCAGCUGGGCAUGACGCUGAUCAGUGUGGGCCACAGGGCCAGCCUGGAAAAGUUCCACAGCUGGAUUCUGAAACUCCACGGGGAGGGAAGGUGGGAGCUCACGCGAUGCGAGAAGGCGAAGCGGCUCCCGGCCGGAGAAGGGUGCUGAAAAAUGAGACCUGCUCUGGCCAGCAGCAGAACCUGCACCUGUGUGAGAGCCCUGAAGAGCAGGCCUGGAGGUGCCAAGCCAGCAGCUGUCAACAAGGGAUUCACCCAGCACAAGACCACUUCUGGCUUUCGCUGAUGGACACAGCCAAAUCUGAACUCAUGUGUGGGGUUCUGCCAGGGGCAGACACAUCUAUGCCACUCUUCUCCCAGCCCCCUUCUCUUGCCUGCCUGCUUCUCAUGGGGGAAGGGGCUGAGCUGUUAGGCUGCCCAAAGGGAAGGUGCUGCUUCAUGGGGCUCGUAGAAGCAAUGGCCACAGGAACUCCCACUUGCCCACAGUGCAGUGGUGUGAGGUUAGGAUGCAGCCUCCUGUUCUACCCUCUGUGCCUCGCUGGGACCUCUGUCUCUUUGAUACACAGCUCUGCAGAACAGACUCUGCUCCCAUGGCUCUGUUGAAACUUGUGCUCUUGAACAGGGGCCAAGGAAUGUACUGUAAGGGGAGCAGAAGGCUGGCACAGCAAAGGGCCAUCUCUCUGCUCUCCAUGUGACACAGGGUUACAGGUCAAUGGAACAUGUUUGUAUUACAGCCUGGGGCCUGUUUUCCAGCAAUGCUUCCAGAGAAGAGUCAGUAUUUGUUAACCAGCCUGCUGCAGCUUUUCUUUCUGGGCUUUGUUUUGGAGGAGUUGCUUGGCAGAGGUCUUGGCCUAGACUCUUGCUGAAAAGCAGAGAAGGGGUAGGAGUAAAGUACCUCUCCAGGGCUGGGCAUCUGUCCUUUUGCUACCUCCACAGCUGCUGCAAGGCACAAGGCACACUACUGAGGGCUUUUGGCCCUCUGAGGGGAGGAAGCAGAACUUUCCUCCUCUCACUGUUCUGCCUAUGAUGAGUUGUGUUCUCUCCUCUGCUUCCCACAGGUGUGUGGAGAUAGAGGUUUGGA